AUGAACCAGAAAGCCAAGAUCACUUUCCAGUCCGUGUGUUUGCUGGAUCACACCAGAACAAAUCAAGGUCAGGUACUGAAGACUGAGAGACAAUCUAGUGCUGUUUAUGUCAGAUUCAUAUUAUUUCUUAUCUUACUACAUACAUUAUCAAUUGAUUAUAGAAUAAAUGUGACUUAUAUAACUUUUGGUGGGCAUGUGGAAGUGCAAAAAUAUAGAUAUCUUUAUUUUGUGGUCAUGUUUACGGUCUAUAUGUUAAUAAUUAGCAGUAAUUUCACUAUUGUGUUCAUCAUAAUAAUUCACAAAAACCUGCAUGAGCCAAUGUACAUUUUCAUUGCAGCUUUGUUAAUCAACUCAGUUCUUUUCAGCACUGCUAUCUACCCAAAGCUUUUGAUUGACUUUUUAUCAGAAAAACAGAUCAUAUCUUAUCCAGCAUGUCUCUUCCAGUGGUUUUUAUAUUACUGGUUAGCUGCUUCAGACAUCUUUCUCUUGUCCAUCAUGGCUUAUGACAGAUAUGUGUCUAUAUGUAACCCUCUGAAAUAUACAACCAUCAUGCAAAAAAACACUGUGAACAUUUUUCUUUUCUCUGCUUGGAUUCUGCCUGUUUCUUGGUUUUUGGUAGGAUUUUUGUUAAAUGCUAAAAAUAAAAUCUGUCAGUUUCACUUGAAAGGAAUCCUUUGCAACAGCACAAUUCAAACACUUCAAUGUGUGAGAUCAAGAAUACUGAAUAUAUAUGGUUUGUUUCUUCUUGUUACUUUUUUAAUUGUCCCUGUGCUCUUCAUACUGUUCACAUACAGCAGGAUACUUGUAGUAUCGUAUCGAUGUAGAGGAGUCAGGAGAAGAGCUGCACAGACCUGUUUACCCCAUCUGCUGGUUCUAAUCAACUUUUCCUGUUUAACUGCAUAUGAUGUACUUCUUGCUCGACUGGAACCUGAUUCUUCUAAUAUUGUACGUUUAAUAAUGGCUUUACAAGUUGUAAUAUAUCACCCUCUUUUUAAUCCAAUCAUUUAUGGACUAAAAAUUAGGAGAAUUUAUGAUCACCUUAAGAAGCUAUUCUGCAGAAUGGUGAGCUGUUAA